CCAACCACCACCAAAUUCAAACCCGCGUGAGCCACCGCCCCACAUCAUGACCACCACCUCUCCAACGACCUUGGCUUCGGCGCAGCCCACCGCUGCUGCUGCGGGUCACGACGCCACGACAACAACGCCGGUGGACCAGCCCGCUGUCCCGCCCAAGGACAAGCCGCGGUGGGGAAAGUGGACGCCCGAAGAAGAGGCGUACACGAGUCGGCUGAUUGCUGACUUCACCGCGGGGCUUCUCACAGACGUCGAGAACGGAACGACGAUGCGGUCGUGGCUCAGCACCAAGCUGCGAUGCUGUCCCAUGCGCAUCUCGAAAAAGUUUGUCGGCGAGCAAAGCAUUGGGAAGCGCAUGUUUGAGCGCAACGAAACGCGAAUCGUCGAGAUGUCCGACGUCGAAGCUGCCAAGCGACAGACCGACCUGGACGCGCUGCGCGCUGCGUUUAACGAGAGCUGGGUGCGGGAGGAGCGCGAACGCGAAGAACACAAGGCGAAUGGCACACGCAAGCGGAAACGGAAUCGCAGCAAGAAGGCUGCCAAGGCGACAAACGCAGCGAUCGCGACACCCGCGACGAUGCCGCACCACAACGCCACGACCUUGAGCAAAAAACCGACCCCCACGGCGCCGACGCUGCCGCUGCUCCCAGCUAAAGCUGCCCCACACAUCUCGACAUCGUUGCACUCGGCGGCCGCUUCCCUGACCUUCCUUCACAAACACCAUACUCCUUCGAUGAAAGCCCAGUCUGAAACGUCGUCGUCACGAUCUACCCCGUCGCCGAACAAGAAGGUAGCCGUGCCUUUCAAGAAACCCAAAUUCCAAGCGAUCAACCCACACACAUGUAGCCCGCUGCGGCGACCGUCGGCCGCUCCACCAGUCAAGCCUGCACUGGCCGUUGCUGCCACACCCAUGGUCGUGACGACAUCGUUUUGUGACUCGACGGACACUGGGGAUGUUGCGCUGGACCUAGCAAAUGGCGGCGACUUUGACUGCGCCUUUGACUUUUUGGACUCGGAGGACACACUCGACAGUCUGUGGCUGCUGGACGACUGCUAUGACCAAGACGGAUCGGUCGUUGGCGGCAAGGAAGCCACCGAGCUGAACUCGCCAACGUCGGUGGCCGACCCCAUGUCGUGGCUGCAUCACAUGGGCGGCUUCACGUUCGACAACCAGUCGACGGCCCAGCUCUACGAGUCGCUCUUCGAUCCGACCACGACAUGCUGCUAGCCGCGCAAGUGGCCACCUGCCCACUCGAAAGCGAUUCGAGUACGACCAUCCCAUAAUAUAGACUCCCUUGUGUUGUACGUGC